AUGUCCUUAUUCAUCAAUUAUAAUGAUAUAUUUCCUCUUUGUACUGAAGGUUUUAAGUGGGAAAUAAAUUAUCAUAGGCCUGAAAGUAUAGCCAGUGCUUUAACAGAAUUUUGCAGUAACUUCUACAAUAAUGUAGAGACAUGCGCAAGAAAAAAUGCCAAAUUUAGUCAACAUUGUCAAGUACAUACUCUAUAUUUAGAGAAUAUAAAUAACAAUAAAUCAAUAUCUAAUGUAAAGACAUGUUGUAUAUAUUUUUUCUACAAGCUAAAUGAACUACUAGAGAAAUUUUCAUGUCAUUGUGAAGAAACAAAUAAUUGUUAUCAAAAAAUGGUGAAUCUGAGCAUAAGUUGGAAAAAAAAUGAUCAGAUUUCUGAAUUAUUUUAUAUAUGUAAUAGGUAUAUUAACGAGUUAAAUAAAAGUGAAAUUCCAAUCUUUAAAAAUCUUGAUGAAAUCUGUAGCAAUUAUGACAAAUUUAAAAAAAAAAUCGGUAAGGUCAAAGAUAUACUAAAUCUAGAAGAGGUAAAACUAAAUUGUGAUACCUCUAUACAGAGAUAUCCAAUUACAUCUGCUCUAAUAAACUUAGAUUUUAGUGCACAAAUUAAUAAGAGGUGA